AUGCAGAGGGGACGUAGAAUAGCACAACUGAUUGAAGCCAUGGACAAUCGACCACCUGUAGAUUCUAUAGACACAUACCCUUGGUAUAAUCCCAACAUGAUUUUAGUACAUGACGAUCUCAAACCGAUAUAUUAUCCAUUGUCGGUAGAUGAUCAAACAUACGAGUUUUUGAAUACCUCAAUCAGCUUAAGCCAGAACUUUUGUCUUCAAGUAAGUUGGUUUAUCUGUUAUUUUUAUAGUUUUAGGUAUUUUAUGGAAUGUGCACUAUAUUUCUACAAACUAUAACUACAAAAACCACGAUAAACGGGAUCCUGGGACGUGGAAGGAUGUUCGUGUUUUCUUCUGAACAAAUCGGAGCUUUUCUAGGAGCAGAUACAGGCGGUUGGGACCGUUCUGAGAAAUCUGUAAGGAUUUACAUUGGUUUAGGUAUAAUAUUCCAUGAACAAAUAAUUUUUGUUAUAAAGUUAUUUGUAUAAGCAAUGCUUGUUGCCUGUAAUAAACUUUUUUUAGGUGAUUGAUCUUGGAGCAGGCGAUGGGUAUGUUACAAAGAACUUUUCUCCAUAUUUUAGCAAGAUUUAUGCUACAGAAGCAAGCACCGUAAGUUAGUUUACACUUAACUCUCUGGCUGCCUAAAAUGAUAAAGCUUUUCAUAUCUCGUAUUUUUUUAAAAGUAUGAUCAACAUAUGUUUUAAUUUCCUAACCGGCCAUAUAUUUUUUACAUUUUACUAUUCAAUUUUAGGUAAUGGAGUACCGUUUACGUCAGAAAGGUUUUGAAGUGCUUCCAAAAGAUGACUGGACGUCAAAAGGACCAUUCAAUUUGAUUUCAGCCCUAAACCUCUUGGAUAGAUUCUUUGAUCCUGCCAAGUUGUUAAGAGAUCUUUUUUAUGUUGCCAAAAGAGACAAAUGCAUGGUACUAAUGGCCAUAGUACUCCCAAUCAAGCAGUAUGUUGAGUUUCAUCCAGAUGGCAGAAGGAAGACAAAAGCUGGUAGGUUAUUUAUUUUAUGUUUUACAAGAAGUUAAUCUUCUACAAUUUGGUAACAUCCAAUAUCGUUUUUAGACACCGUGAUUAAUGUAUUUGGAAGGCAUUAUGAAGAACAUUUGAACACGUUUGUUACAAAUGUUUUGAGGCCAAAUGGAUUUGAGCUGGUCAGAUGGGCAAAGGUACCUUACCUAUGUGAAGGCGAUGCUAAUGGGGUAUGUCAUAUUCGAAUUUUUUGAACUUUAGAAACUGAUUGUGUCUUUUCCAUUAGCUUACGCGAAACUAUACCAAAAAUACCUAGAUGACACAUUAACGAUUCAAAAUCCAUCGCUAAACUAAACUUUUAAGGCUUACUAUAAACUAGACGACGCUUUGCUGCUUUUGAAGCCCAUCGAAUCGUUUACUCAAGCUGAACCUCAUCCUCACACAAACUCUCAUGUGAUACACGAGCUAUGA